UUGACGUAGCUGGGAAAAGGAUCGGAUUUCCUCAUAUUGAGCUCUUUGUUAAGGCAGGCAGUGAUGGAGAGAGCAUUGGAAACUGCCCCUUCUCUCAAAGACUCUUUAUGAUCCUAUGGCUGAAAGGGGUCAUCUUCAAUGUCACUACUGUGGAUCUUAAGAGGAAACCAGCUGACUUGCAGGACCUGGCUCCAGGUACCAAUCCGCCAUUUGUCACAUUUAAUGGAGAGGUGAAGAUCGAUGUCAACAAGAUCGAGGAGUUCCUGGAGGAGAAGCUGGUUCCACCACGAUACCCCAGACUGGCCACAAAGCAUCCAGAGUCAAACACUGCAGGAAUCGACGUGUUCGCAAAGUUCUCUGCUUACAUCAAAAACCCUCGCAAGGAUGCCAAUGAUGCCCUGGAGAAGGCACUGCUGAAGUCCCUGAAAAGGCUGGAUGAGUACCUGAAGACACCUCUCCCAGAAGAGAUUGAUGCAGACAGUACCGAUGACUUGCCAGAGUCUACCCGCAGCUUCCUAGAUGGACCAGAACUCACCCUGGCAGACUGCAACUUGCUGCCCAAACUACACAUCAUGAAGAUUGUGGCCAAAAAGUACAGGGACUUUGAGAUCCCUGAGGACAUGACUGGAGUGUGGCGUUACCUGCAGAAUGCGUACGAGAGAGACGAGUUCAUCAACACCUGCCCUGCUGACCAUGAGAUCGAGUUCGCCUACCUGGAUGUUGCCAAGAGGAUUAAAUAG